AUGUCAGAUUCCAACAAAACUGACUGCACCAACCCAUCCACCUUCAUCCUGCUGGGCAUUCCUGGCCUGGAGGCUGCCCAUGUCUGGAUCUCCAUCCCCUUCUGUGCCAUAUACAUCAUAGCCAUCUUGGGGAACUUCACCAUCCUGUUCAUUGUGAAGAGGGAGCCAAGCCUCCAUGAGCCCAUGUACUAUUUCCUCUGCAUGCUGGCCAUCGGUGACCUGGUCCUGUCCACGUCCAUCCUGCCCAAAACGCUGAGCAUCUUCUGGUUCAAUUCCAGGGAGAUCGAUUUCAGUGCCUGCCUCACCCAGAUGUACUUCAUUCACUGCUUCUUAGCAAUGGAGUCUGGGAUCAUCGUGGCCAUGGCUUUGGAUCGCUACGUGGCCAUCUGUAACCCCCUGAGACAUUCCACCAUCCUGACAAACCCCGUGGUGGCCAAGAUUGGCCUGGCCGUGGUGCUGCGCGGAGGGAUGCUCGCACUGCCCUAUCCCUUCCUUGCGAGGCGGUGGCCAUAUUGUAGAACCAACAUCAUCCCCCACUCAUACUGUGAGCACAUAGCCGUGGUGAAACUGGCCUGCACUGACAUCCGCGUCAGUAGUUACUAUGGCCUCUCUGUGGCAUUUUUGGUGAUGGGUCUGGAUGUGUUUUUUAUCGCCGUGUCCUAUAUCCAGCUCUGUGUCAUCUUAGCCUCUUACAUCCCAGCUCUUUUCUCCUUUCUCACACACCGUUUUGGCCACAAUGUGCCCCUGCAUUUCCACAUUCUCAUUGCCAACGCGUACCUGCUUGUGCCCCCCAUGCUGAAUCCCAUCAUCUACGGGGUGAGGACCAGAGAGAUCCGGGACAGGCUGCUCCGGCUCUUUACUCAUAAAGGGAAGUAA